CCAAGGUCUACAAUUGCAUUGAAAUUGCGCUGCGUUUGUGGAACGUGUGCGUUGUAAAAUAACGAUUUAACUUUAUUCACAUCCAAAAUUUACUAGGAUAAUCGCAAGGCCGUCUCUUCAUUCUUGAAAUAUCUUUCACAAUAUGACUGCAGAGCAGUGAGUCCAUGAGUGACUGAGUGGCGGUCCUUGCACAGUUCUAUGAUAAUGGUAGAAGUUUGUGAUUCAUCAUGGCAUCAUAUCAAGGUAACGAGUUUGGUUCAAGUUUUCCUGGACAGCAGCCCCUGUAUGGCCCCGAGUAUGGUGAUGACCUGGCAUCUGGCUUCUCCAAUGACCUGAAGCCCAAGAUUCUCCUCAUGGGGCUCAGAAGGAGUGGCAAGUCUUCAAUACAAAAUGUUGUAUUCCACAAAAUGUCUCCCAAUGAAACUCUCUUCCUGGAUUCAACAAACAAGAUCACCACUGAUGACAUCACCAACACAUCUUGCGUGCAGUUCAAAAUAUUGGAUUUCCCUGGACAAAUAGAUUUCUUUGAUCCCUCAUUUGACUCUGAAAAAAUAUUUGGGGGAGUUGGCGCCUUGGUUUUUGUUAUAGAUGCUCAAGAUGAUUACAUCGAGGCUGUUGUUCGCCUAGGGGAGACAGUGAGCAGAGUCUACAAAAUUAACCCCAAGCUCAAGUUUGAGGUUUUCAUCCACAAGGUUGAUGGCCUAACUGAUGACUCAAAAAUAGAAACGCAGAGAGACAUUCAUCAGAGAGCUUCUGAUGAUCUACAUGAGGCUUCUGUUGGUAUCCCUGGACUCGAAAACGUGCACCUGAACUUCUAUUUGACAUCCAUUUACGACCACAGUAUCUUUGAAGCAUUUAGUAAAGUGGUACAAAAACUGAUUCCUCAACUACCAACGCUCGAAAAUUUAUUAAAUGUAUUUAACACGAAUUCUGGGAUUGAGAAAGCCUUUUUGUUUGACGUGUCUUCCAAGAUUUACAUCGCUACUGACUAUUCCCCUGUGGACAUGCAGAGUUACGAACUAUGUUGUGAUAUGAUAGAUGUUGUUCUUGACAUCUCCUACAUAUAUGGGAUGGAAGAAGAAGGGCCGGAUCACAUGUCGUGCUUUGACCCUGCCACGUACAGCGUCAUCAAGCUCAACAACAACACAGUACUGCUGCUAUGGGAGGUCGCUCGAUACCUCGCUCUAGUCUGCAUACUCAGAGAAGAAAAUUAUGACAGACCUGGUUUGAUUGAAUAUAACUACCAAUGCUUCAGGAAAGGACUCCUUGAUAUUUUCGAUGUGAAAAACCGCCAUUCUGACUUCGAGCCAUUACAGCUGGAUGGAAAGUCUAAAUUGAACGUAGGUCAAGGCAGUUCCUCAAAGUUGGAGUUGGAGCGCGGCAAGAGCGAUACUUAUGCCCAGAGGCUUGGUUACGAAACUCUGUCCUCUCUUGGAGCCCCUGCCCCAAAUACGGCGCAACACCGACGCUCAGAACAGAACUUGUCUGGCCACGGCUCUGUCGUAGACGGACUGCAGCAAGACAAGAUGACGUCCCAGUUCUUCGGAGAUGACGAUAGUUGUCACGGGGACGCGUUGAGAGCUGAAGGUUGCAGCGGCGGACAUCGCGUUCCUGGAGACGGAAUGCUGCGAUCAGCGAGUGAGGAUGGCGCGAGGGGAGGCGCUGGUGAUGGCGACGCGAGAAGACAACAAGCUUCUCACCGCCCUAGUGCCAGGUAUGCCAGCGAACAACAAUACAACAAGCUGCCUAGCAGAGCAAAUUCUGGUGGCGCGGCUGUGCAGGAGCUCAUGCGUGGCUAUGUUAUCAGAGCGGGCGGAGGUAGCGCUGCUACCACCGGCUCCAGUGCCCUGGCCGGAGGGUCGGCUGUUGGCAACACUUACGUCAUGACUGAUGACGCUGGCAUGGUUCUGGUGAAUGGAGAUACCGCCUCCUCUGGAGUCUGUUCCUAACGCCUGGCUAACACGAAUCGACUUUACUCAAUUGUUUGCUCGAAAUGUAAUUACAAUUUCGUUGUAAUUAUAAUGGAAACUCUUCCCCACUUCAGGUUUAUAUGGAAUAAUUAAUGGAACUAGUUUUAGUGUCAAAUUGGACGAUAAUGACGAACAUUCGUAUUUUACACAACGAUUCGUAUUUUACACAAAUAAUCGGUGUAUAAAGUGGAGGGCAGGUUGCCUCGCUCUUACAGUCACAAUGCCUCAUGUCUUUACCCUGCUGUAAGUGUACUCUAGAUAUUUUUGACAUCUUUAUAACUUAAUAUAACUUAUAACUUGAUUCACUGUCCUCUUUUCUCUAGAAUAAAGGCAGGUGUGUGUACAGUGUGUAAAAUAUGAAAAUAAUUGUGUUACCUAAGCUCUACUAAAUCUAUUAUUUUGAAAAGAGUUCUUUUAUCUAUUUAUACAGAACAAAUCUGCCUUCUUCUUGUAGUAUUGCAGAAAACAAAUAAAAUUUCAAUCUGUA